AUGGAUAAAUUGCAUUCUAGCAGCGAUGAAGAAAGUGAGAUGAGUAAUGCUACCGUUAUAGAGCAAUCGAGCAACUUCUCUAAUAUUUAUGAGGUACCCCCAUCUGAAAAAAGUGUGAAAGACGUUGUUUCUGAAGCUUGGUCCAACUACGAUGAAAAAGAACAAAUGUCGGAAUCGAUCACUAAAGCAAUUGAAGGGCUCGAGCAAAACGUUAUGAACUCUGAUGUUGAAAAAGAGUUCAUCAACGAGGGGUCAAUUGGAAGCAAUUCGUCCGAGGAUCAUCGAUUCGUCGAAACUGAAAAGAAAAGUUUCAAGGCAAUAAAGGAAACAGUGGACGAAACUCCGUCGCAAUUUUUUCCGCAAACCAGUAUUCAUGCAAUACACAAUCUUGCCUCUGAAAAGGAUUUAGUGCAAACUCCGAGAAGUAAAGAAGAUGAAGAAGCGAUAAGAUAUCUGCGAGGAAUCGUCCCUCAUCAUUCGAGCAGUGAUAGCGUGGAUAAACCGCGUUAUAGUGAAAUUGAGAAACAAAUUCAAAGCAAAAAAUUUGAGGUUGAGAAGAAGAUUUCUGCUCCAGUAAUUAGUAAAGAGCCUCAGCGCCACGUAGAUUCAAGGUAUGCUCCAGAGUUGAGGCCAAAAGACGUCAUGGAAAAUGUCAGUUCUUCGUAUGGUGGUACCGGUGGUGGUGGUAGCGGUAAUGAUAUACAUGAACAUUACCUCAGUCAUACAUCGUUCAAAGACAUUUUCUCGGAACCCGAAAAAGAUUACAAAUCGAUCGCAAUCGUCUGGGACUUCAGUCGACAAGUGUUUGAUUAUACUCGUAUAUAUCUCUACAUUAUUCUGAGCACCGUUUUUGGGAUAAUUUUAGCUGCCAUUGCUGGAAUUCUUGUAGCGCUAUUCACGUUUCUUAAUAUUUGGAUCAUUCGGCCACUUCUCCAGCUCAUUCGUAUUUCGUUGUCACAAGUGGCAUUCAUCUGGCCAAUGCUGCUUCUAUAUGUUGUUCGCCCAGUUUUUUAUUCCAUUGGAGCGAUUUUCUCUACCAUUCAACUGAAAACUUCUAAUUCGGUGCCUGCAGUUGAAGUGUGGGAAAAUCACGUACACUUGGUUUAA